AUUAGAAGAGAAAAAUAGAUGUGACAAUCUUCUGUAACCACCCCGAUCCCCAAAAAAAAAACAGAGAGAGCCAUCGAUACUCACGCCAAAGAAGAUAGAAGAAGAACCAUGGGUGUCGUGAAGUCAGCCAUUGGGGAUAUGCUGAUGACCUUCUCCUGGGUCGUCCUCUCCGCGACCUUCGGUUUACAGACGACGGAGAUCAUCUCCGCCGCGGGGUUUCAGGGAAUCGCUUGGGCGCCGCUGGCGAUCACCACGUCUCUUAUUUUCGUCUACGUGUCCUUGUUCACCGUCGUGUUCGGUUCCGCUAGCUUCAACCCUACCGGAAACGCUGCGUUUUACGCCGCCGGGAUCCCCGGAGAUACCCUCUUCACCUUGGCCGUCAGAAUGCCUGCUCAGGCAGCUGGUGCUGCAGGAGGUGCAUUGGCCAUCAUGGAGUUCAUACCAGAGAAGUACAAGCAUAUGAUUUCUGGACCUUCCCUUCUAGUUGAUGUGCACACUGGUGCUAUUGCAGAGACCAUCUUGAGUUUCGGUAUUACCUUAGCGGUUUUGCUUAUUAUCGUCAAGGGUCCUCGGAGAUUACUUGCCAAGACCUUCUUGCUUUCUCUUGCAACCAUUUGCUUCGUUGUUGCUGGCGCUAAGUACACCGGACCAGCUAUGAAUCCUGCCAUUGCGUUUGGGUGGGCGUACAUGACCAGCUCUCACAAAACGUGGGACCAUUUCUACGUGUACUGGAUCAGUUCUUUUGUUGGAGCUUUGUCUGCUGCGUUGGUCUUCCGUACUAUCUUCCCUCCACAUCGACCUCGACCUCGACCUCAGAAGAUGAAACAAAAGAAAGAGAAGAAACCGAAGAAAGAUAAGAAACAGAAGAAAGCCUGAGGAGUAAACCAAUCGACACAACACCGGUUCAAUUCUUUACCGGUUUUGGGAUUUAGAAAGAUUCAAAAUGUUUUUUUUAUAAUUCCAAAAUUAAGGAGAAACCAACAAAAGGUUCUCCUUAUCAUUGUUUAGAUUCAAGCUUUUAUUUAUCAAAUUGAUUCAACUGUU